GGCGGUAGUCGAUAUCCUUGCACGGACCGAUCAGCAAGGGCGCAACGCACACGUCACGCCGUCGCGCUACCGCUCGACGCGAAUCUGGCUGUGAGAUCCCGAGAUCUCGGGUCGGCGCAGGCGGGAGGAAAGAGUGUCGCGGGAAGAGGAAGUCAAGCCGGGGAUCGGUCGCGGAGUUGCAGAGAACUCCCCUUCGUGACUAGCUAGCCUGGCCCACGAAGAAGGGGUUGCGUCAUAUCGUGCGCCUCGACUACGGCGGCGAUACUCGACUACGGUGGUUGUGUCGGCUCGCUUGGCUCUCGCUACACCGCGAGCGGAGAGAGGUCGCAAAAGAGGCGGUAAACUAGCAUUGAUCGAGGCUGGUGAUUCGUCGCAUGCUCAUCCCGGCGGCUCCUGUAAGAGGUCGACGGCGGUGAAGGAGAAAGAGACGAAACGGGAGAAAGAAGGGAAGAACGGGGCAAGGGUGAAGGGGCGAGGCGAGGCGGUAAGGUAAUCGGUAUAUACACAUAUAUAGAGAAAGAGAGAUAGAAGCGGGACAGAGAGCCGCGAAAACAGAGAGGCGAGGCGAGGCGAUCGCGCGCGGUUGGAGAGUGAACAAAAGGGAAUAGAUACGUUACCGCGGCGAUCGAGCAAGGCGAGGCAAGCACGGCUGGACUCGCUGCGGAAUGGCGUGGGGCUACUGGAGCGCGACCACCGUCAGCGACCGGGGUCGGUCACCUCGCCGCGAGAAGGACAAACAGCAUCAGAGCCUGCAUCAGCAUCAGCCGCCGUCGCAGCAGCAGCAGCAGCAGGCGCAGCAACAAAUGCACCAGACAGAGCUGUCCGCGCAGAGCACUUACGCCAGCGUGCAGGAGCGAGAGCUCAGCGUGACCGGGCCCGGCAUCGGGGUCGCGACGGAGGAACCACCCUGCAGCAUGAUGAUCCAGGGUGGUUCCUUCUAUUCGUACUCGGCGGCGACAGCGGCCGCCGCGGCCGCCGCCGUGAGCCGGCGUAUCUCGACCGUCGUCGAGGGUAGCGGCGGCGGCGGCGGCCCGUCCUCCAUCACCUCUACCGGCAUCCAGGUGUUGCCGCGGGAGCGCCACGUGAAACCCGGCACCAGCACGCAUCCGCCGUCGCCGGGCAGCGGCGACUCGGCCGAGUACGAGCAGCCGCUCAUCGGUCAACUGCGCUCCGCCGACAUCUCGCCGCCCCCCAUCCUCAUCGGUAGUCCGCCGCAUCACCAUCAAUAUUAUCAUCACCUCCAUCACGACGACAUUUUCGCGCAGCCCGGCACCUCGUCCAGGGCGACGAAGCUAGUCCAGUGCCCGCCGGACGCCGUCGAGGGUAUGGACGAGCUGUCCGAGGCUGAACUUGAGGAAGUCGCGGCGAACGCCGAGCUGAUCUACGGCAUCGGGCCCACCGCGACGUGCCGGGUACACGGGCCGUGCAGCCAGCAGCCGCUGCCGCUGUCGUUGCCGCCGGAGUCCGCGCUCUCGAUGACGUCGCUGCUCGACGUUGAGCCCGCGGGCCCGUCGCAGUUCCAGUUCAACGAGAUCACCUGGGUUUUUCCGAACGUGCCGCCCGCCCCCGGGAUGCCGUGCCAGGGAGAAGACAGAAGCAUCUACAGACGUGGCGCUCGUAGAUGGAGGAAGCUGUACCGAGUGAAUGGCCAUAUUUUUCAGGCGAAACGAUUUAACCGGAAGGCAUCCUGCGCGUUCUGCCAGGAUCGGAUCUGGGGCCUCGGGCGGCAGGGAUUCAAGUGCAUCCAAUGCAAACUACUCGUGCACAAAAAAUGCCACAAGGUGGUACGCAUGCCAUGCCUGAGUCUGCAGCAGCAGCAACAGCAACAGCAGGGCGCAGAGUCGCAGACAAUCGACAGAAACGGCGACCAACAGCUUGAUCCGUAUCCGUGCGUCCCAACGACUCAUCUCGAGGAUGAGAUCACGGCAUCACCGAUCAUCGAGGAGCAUUCGCGCGAUCGAAUCAGACAUGAGGAAGGGGAAGAACUGCCUUUGGAUACAUUGAACGAGGGCGAUAUUUCGAACGAUAUGCAACGGCAGUACUCAUUAAACGACUUCGAGCUGAUCAGGGUGAUCGGUCGUGGUUCCUACGCGAAGGUCUUGAUGGUGGAGCUGAAGCGUACCAAGAGGAUUUACGCCAUGAAGGUAAUCAAGAAGUCUCUGGUGACAGACGAUGAGGACAUCGAUUGGGUGCAGACCGAGAAACACGUAUUCGAGACAGCUUCAAAUCAUCCCUUUUUGGUGGGCCUGCACUCCUGCUUCCAGACGCCUUCGCGUCUGUUCUUCGUAAUCGAAUUCGUGCGUGGUGGCGAUCUCAUGUUCCAUAUGCAAAGACAGCGCCGUCUUCCCGAAGAUCACGCGCGGUUUUACGUGGCUGAGAUCAGUCUGGCAUUAAACUUCCUACAUGAAAAGGGUAUUAUAUAUAGAGAUUUGAAACUGGACAACGUACUACUUGAUCACGAAGGACAUGUUAAGCUUACGGAUUAUGGAAUGUGUAAAGAGGGCAUUCGGGAAGGCGACAACACCGGCACCUUCUGCGGCACUCCCAAUUACAUUGCUCCCGAGAUUCUACGUGGCGAGGAAUACAGUUUCUCAGUAGAUUGGUGGGCUCUGGGAGUUCUACUGUAUGAAAUGUUGGCAGGCCGUAGUCCCUUCGACCUUACUGGUGCGGCCGAGGACCCAGACAAGAACACCGAGGAUUUCCUAUUUCAAGUUAUUCUGGAGAAGACCAUACGUAUACCGCGAUCCUUAUCUGUUAAGGCUGCGUCUGUCCUUAAAGGAUUCCUUUGCAAGGAUCCCGCGGAAAGAUUGGGUUGCGGGAAGAGACCUUCUGGUUUCCUCGACAUUGUCGCUCAUCCCUUCUUUAAAGCGAUCGAUUGGGAAAUGCUGGAGCAGAAACAAGUUACACCGCCUUACAAGCCACGUUUGGAUUCCGAUCGUGAUCUCGCGAACUUCCCGCCUGAAUUUACGGAUGAGGAAGUGCGUUUGACUCCGGAUGAUCCGAAACAAAUUGAGAAGAUCGACCAGAGUGAAUUCGAUGGUUUUGAAUAUGUGAAUCCUCUAUUAAUGUCACUGGAGGACUGCGUGUGACAAGAGCCACUUUUCAUUGUGCAGCGUCACAAUCAAGAUCAGCAGCAGCAGCAGCAGCAGUAUCAGCUGCAGCAGUGCUACAUGUACGAGUUGCAAGACAGA